AUGCUUUCGCUUCAUUAUGCAAAAAAUCCCGACAAUCCUUACUCUUGGGAUUUGAAGCCGUCGGAACUACACCAGCUCCGACCUUACGAAAUAAUCUACCUAGAUCAUGUUCGAAGGAUUAUUGUUCUAUUCCUUCGGCUCAGUGGAGCGUUGUCAUUUGUCUUCCUAUACCUGGUAAUCGCCAAGACAAAGGGGGAGAUGAUGCAGUACAAGCCAAUGUUUAUGCUUUGCGCGGUAACCGACGCCAUGUUUUACAUUGGUAACACAAUGGUUGAGUAUGUAAGUGGGGCUGUACUCGGCUGUUGAAAAUGUGGCUUAUCAAUUUUGCCAAAAAAGUCUCGUUUUAGAAAGCCAAAGCUGUUGAUGGUGUGUUUAUGCUGAAGUUUGAAGGUAUGAUGGGCCUGACCAGCUGGCACACUCAGAUUGUUUCGAUGGGUUUAUAUAUUUUUCUCCUUUCCUUGGCAAUUUCCAUUUUGCCCGCUCAAUUCUACUACCGGUACUGUAUUCUAACAUCCGACAAAGCCAUGUCCAAAACUAGGAUUACGUUCCUCUUUUCGAUUUCGUAUUCGGUCGGCAUUCCCAUUGGGAUAUUAGCAUAUUUUGCGUACGGCUAUUCCGCCACGAUACGCCCGACUUUCAACUAUGGAAGACUGUGGUUUCCGGAGAGACCAUUGCCUACCGUUAUAUACGCUGAUAUUGUAAGUGAUUCUGGGUCGUGGUUCAUGAAGGGAAAUUUUGUUUGCAGAGGCAUCCGGUCGUCAAACUGUACUUCGGCGCUGCUAUCGCGCUGAUCUCGAUAUUCUAUUGUGUUGUGCUUGUGAUUGGACAUCGGACUGUGAAAGUUUUUAAUUCCAAGACAUACGGCAUCUGCAAAAAGUCGAAGAACACACAAAACCAAGUGACUUACUUUUUGGUGGUCCAGGUAAUCUUAAUUUUAUGAUUGCCGCACGCUACGAAGUUUGUGCGCAGCAUCACCUGGAAGUGUCGUUUUGAUGUCGUAUCUGCAAGAUAUGUGCGUAUCUAUGCACAGACAAUUCUUUUUCGAUUCCAGGGAAUAAUUCCGCUGUUCAUAUCAUCAGGCCCGAAUGCAUUGUUAUUCGUAAUAUGUUUUAUGCGCCUUGAUCCAGGGAUAUUCUUGACAAUUAUAAUGGACUUCCUUGGACUGAUACCUGUAUGUAAUCCGCUGCUUAGCAUCCUUGUGAUCAAGCCGUAUCGGGAGGCUGUAUUGAGACUACUCGGCCGGAAAACAACAGUUUAUUCGAUCAACUCCGCAUUCGAAAAAUUCCACAAUUCGAAGCUGCAUCUGCAGUUCAUAAAGCAACAAAAUUAAUUAUUAUACGUCUGAAUUUUUGGCUCGUAGACAAUUCAGGUUGAUCGGCAAAAUGUAGCACAAACUGAGAAGGAAGCAAAUUUUUUUGGUAAUUUAAUUACACAUUCCAUAAAAAUUAAAUUAACAUGGAAAGUUUUCGAAACCGCAGGCCUUGUUAUUGACUUGCAAGUCUCUCUGAAAUCGAGUAUUCUACUGCCCCACAAUUAUUGCGUAAUGCUGACAACAUUGAAAUCCCAGAACAGGGUUUUACACUCAUUUUUUGGUCGCUGAAUUCUAACGACAUGAUAUAUUAAUCUAGCUACCAGAUUUCUAAAUUAUCAAAGCCCCAGAUGAACAAAGAGCCUCAAUGCUCUCCUUCCGCCAAUAAUCCUUAUGCUUGGGAGGUUAAUCGCACCAACCCUGAAUCGCUUGAAUAUUAUGAGAGACUUUACCUGGACAGCGUACGCCCUGUGAUCUCGUGUAUUUUACAUGUAUUUGGCUUGACCUCGUUCCUUUUCCUUUUCCUCGUUUUAUUCCAAACCAAAGGAGGUGUGACCCGUUAUCAACCUAUUUUUCUUCUCAGUGCUGUUACUGAUGUUUGUUUCUACACAUUGAGUUUAAUCACUCAAAUCGUAAGUUGGCUUGACAGCGAAUUUGAGAUCACUGCAUUGUUUUUGGUAAUCAUGGCAACCGGACAGGAUUCGUUGUUCCUCAGGGCCCGAGGAGCAGGGCCCGUUUUCAAAAUGUUUGAAAACCGGCUCUGCAAAACCCAAAAUUUCCAAAUUCUGGUCCGGUUGUCUGACGUCAUUUUUUAAAGAACUCCGGCCUGGUAAAGAGUAGGGCCGGCCAUUUUCAAAUCUCCGAAGCCUGGCCCGUUUUUGCAAUCUAUUACAGAAGAGCAAAGCAACAGAUGGAGUCUUCAUGAUGAAGCUUGAAGGUCUUUUGUCAAGGUUUGAUUGGGAGUGGCAAUUAAUCGGCAUUGCAUGUUUUUGUAUGCUUCUCUCCCUUGCAAUUUCCACUCUUCCAUCAUUGUUUUACUUCCGUUAUCAUGCCCUAACAUCGACCCGCCCGAUGUCACAGUUACGGCUAGCGGUGCUCUUCUCCUCAUCGUAUCUCUUGGCAAUUGCGAUCGCAGCGAUGGCCUACGUAGCCUAUGGCUACUCGGCAGAAGCGCGGCCGGGUUUCAAUUACGGAGUAUUGUGGUUUCCCGAAACACCGUUGCCUACCGUGUUUUACGGCGACAUUGUAAGUCGUUUCGCGUUCCGUCAAGUUUCAAACCGUUUCGAAUUUUAGAGACACACUUUCCUAAAACUUUAUUAUGGAAUAGCCAGUUCUCUGAUUACAAUGUUCUACGUGAUGGUCUUAUACAUUGGAUUGAUAACUGUAAAGGCGUUUAAGGCUAAAACAAUGACAACAGACAAGAAAGCCAGAAAUACGCAAAGGCAGGUUACAUAUUUCUUGCUCAUCCAAGUAAGUUAUACUCGAAACAAAACGCAAUAAUCAAGGGUUUCAGAGCGUCAUCCCGUUGUUUGUGUCCUCAGGUCCGAACACUUUCCUCAUCCUCAUCUCAAUGUUCCAUCUCGACGGAGGAAUUCUGCUCACGCUUGUUUUUGAUCUAAUGAUGCUGCUGCCGAUAUGCAACGCCAUUCUCAGCAUCAUUGUGAUAAAACCAUAUCGGCAUGCGAUUGUCAGCGCCUUUAAAGCGCGAAACCAGAGUGUUCAUGCAAGCAACACUUCACCGGGAUCGUCGGAUGUUUGA